CAACGCCAAACACAACGCACCCAGCGACUCAAAUACUGCCACGUGUACUUUACGACACAUGUCAUUUCCCCAUUCGCUGACCACCUCUGUCCUUUUCCACCUGGACUACCCCUACAAAACCCCCCCUUCCCACCACUCAGAGCUCAAAAUUCCACAAUAAUGGCGACGGCAAAUUCACUCCGAGCAUUGCUCCUUCUGUCGCUUUUUCUACUGAAUUCAUUCCAAUCUGAAUCGGCGGUUGCGAGUAUAGAUCUCGGCUCCGAAUGGCUCAAGGUCGCCGUGGUCAACCUCAAACCCGGCCAGCCUCCGAUCUCAGUCGUCAUCAACGAGAUGUCAAAGCGCAAAACCCCUUCUCUCAUCAGUUUCCACGCGGAUUCUCGAUUAAUCGGCGAGGAAUCUCUCAACCUUCUCGCGCGUUACCCGACCAAGGUAUAUUCGCAUCUCCCUUCCCUCCUCGCCAAACCCUACACUUUCACGCGCGAUUUCCUCCAAAAGCUUUAUCUGAGUUCCGAGAUCGCCCCCGCGGAUCCACGGGAGGUGGCGGUUUUCAAAGCGGAAAGUGGCAAUUUCACGGCGGAGGAGAUGGUGAGUAUGAUGCUCAAGUACGCGGUGGGGCUGGCGGAGACCCAUGCCAAGACGAGUUUGAAGGAUGUGGUGAUCACAGUACCCCCUUUUACAGGGGUGGCUGAGAGGAGGGCACUGUUGGUGGCCGCCGAUUUGGCGGGGCUGAAUGUACUGUCUUUGGUGAAUGAGCAUUCUGGGGCUGCUUUGCAGUACGGGAUUGAUAAGGAUUUCUCCAAUGGAUCAAGGAAUGUCGUAUUUUACGACAUGGGUGCCGGCAGUACUUACGCUGCAUUGGUUACUUUUUCGGCUUAUAAUGCCAAGGAAUCGGGAAAGACUGUUUCUAUUAAUCAAUUUCAGGUGAAGGAUGUCAAAUGGGACAUAGAACUUGGGGGUCAGAAUAUGGAACUGAGGUUGGUGGAGCAUUUUACGGACGAGUUCAACAAACAGGUUGGAAAUGGUGUUGACAUUAGAAGCUCCCCUAAGGCAAUGGCCAAACUGAAGAAACAGGUUAAGAGGACAAAAGAAAUCUUGAGUGCCAAUAUGAUGGCUCCAAUAUCUGUAGAAUCCAUUUACGAUGACCGUGACUUCAGGAGCACAAUAACUCGUGAGAAGUUCGAAGAGAUUUGUGAAGAUAUCUGGGAAAAAGCCCUUGUUCCUCUAAAAGAAGUUCUCAAGCAUUCUGGUUUGAAUGCUGAUGAUUUAUACGGAGUGGAGUUGAUUGGAGGUGCCACCCGAGUUCCAAAGUUGCAGGCUAAACUUCAGGAAUUUCUUGGAAGGAAGGAGUUGGACAGGCAUCUCGAUGCCGAUGAGGCUAUUGUUCUAGGUGCCUCACUACAUGCUGCAAAUUUAAGUGAUGGAAUCAAAUUAAACCGUAAGCUAGGCAUGAUAGAUGGUUCUACUUAUGGUUUUGUGUUUGAGUUGAAUGGUGAUGGUCUUUUAAAAGAUGAAACCACGAGACAGCUGAUUGUACCAAGAAUGAAAAAGUUACCCAGCAAGAUGUUCAGAUCUAUUGUUCACGAUAAAGAUUUUGAAGUGUCACUUUCUUAUGAGAAUGAAGAUCUGAUACCGCCGGGUGCCUCUUCUCUUACAUUUGCACAGUAUGAUGUCUCGGGUCUUAAAGAUGCUAGUGACAGGUACUCGUCACGGAACCUUUCCUCCCCAAUCAAGGCCAGUUUACACUUCUCCCUCAGUAGAAGUGGUGUAUUUUCCUUCGAUCGAGCAGAAGCUGUCAUCGAGAUAACUGAAUGGGUAGAAGUCCCACGAAAAAAUCUCACAGUGGACAACUCAACAUCUGCUUCAGCUAACAAUACAGAUGCGGAUGCUAGUGCUUCAGAGGAGAGUAGUGACAAAUUGGAGACAAAUAAUGGCAAUACGAACAUUUCAGAUUCCAGUGCUAAUGAUUCUAGCAAUGUGGAUCUUGGUACUGAAAAGAGGCUAAAGAAGCGAACUUUCCGAGUUCCCCUUAAGGUUAUUGAGAAAACAAGAGGGCCUGGAAUGCCUCUCCCAAAGGAAUCUUUUGCGGAGGCCAAACUCAAAUUGGAAGCAUUGGACAAGAAGGAUGCAGAAAGGAGAAGGACAGCUGAAUUGAAAAAUAACCUGGAGGCAUACAUUUAUUCUACUAAAGAUAAGCUUGAAUCUGAGGAGUUUGAGAAAAUAUCUUCUGCCAAAGAACGAAAAUCUUUUAUUGAAAAACUUAACGAGGUAGAAGACUGGUUGUAUACUGACGGUGAAGAUGCUGCCGCAUCUGAAUUUCAAGAACGUUUAGAUAUGUUGAAAGCUAUUGGUGACCCCAUAUUCCUUAGAUUUAACGAACUAACUGCACGGCCGGCUGCAUCUCAACUUGCACAGAGAUACCUUACGGAGUUACGGCAGAUUGUGCAAGGAUGGGAAAAAGACAAAUCUUGGCUGCCCAAAGAAAGAAUAGAUGAGGUAACAAAGGAAGCUGAAAAAUUGAAGAAUUGGUUAAGUGAUAAGGAGGCUGAGCAGAAGAAGAUUUCUGGAUUUAAUAAACCGGCAUUCACAUCUGAUGAAGUAUACGAGAAAGUUUUAGAUCUCCAGGACAAGGUUGCGAGCGUGAACAAAAUCUCAAAACCAAAGCCAAAACCGAAGGUUGAUAAAACUGACAAGGAAAACUCCACAUCAGAGGAGCAGAGCAAGGCCGAUUCAGACAAAGCGGCUAAUGACAAGGCAAAUGUUGAAACCGAGGCUCACGACGAGUUGUAAUAAAUAAUAAUUGAGGGAGUAACAUACAAAACACCAAAGCUUGAGGAUGCACCUGCAAUACGAGGAGGGCAGGUAUAAGGCCAUCCAUCAUCCAUCACCGAUUGAUUAAUUAUAGUUAGUAAGUAAAUCUAUGAUAUGAUUAGGAAAUGCAUAAUAGAGUUGAGCCCAGUUUUGGUGGUCGGCUUUUUCUUGCUAAAUCGCCGGGAUUUUUGAGCCUUGAAGCAAAUUAAGCAUUAUCAUUUUGCAAUUUCGUACUUGUAAUAUUAAACUCGCAUAGGAAAUUGUUAGCAUAGAUGAGCCAUUUGUUUUUGGGGUAUUGAAAGAAAUUUGUUUGGCAUCUCUCUAUAAUCUAUAUAUACUAUAUUGGUGUAUA